AUGGGAUUUGAAAUCAAAAGAUUUCAAGGUGACGUUGAUGAAGAACUCAUUUGCCCUAUUUGUUCAGGCGUUUUGGAAGAUCCUUUACAGGCACCAGCUUGCGAGCAUGCUUUUUGUCGUGCCUGCAUAACGGAGUGGAUAAGUCGCCAGCCAACGUGCCCAGUAGACCGGCAGGCGGUCACUUCGAGCCAGCUUAGACCCGUACCACGAAUACUACGCAAUUUAUUAUCGAGACUGUGUACUAAAUGUGACAACUCACCACAUGGAUGUAAUGCUGUAUUGAAGUUGGACUCAUUGGCCUCCCACUUAGUUGAAUGUGAAUAUAAUCCCAAAAGGCCAAUGCCAUGUGAAGCUGGCUGUGGACUGGUAAUACCGAAGGAUGAACUUGCAGAACAUAAUUGUGUCCGUGAGCUACGAGCACUAAUAGCAACGCAUCAAGGAAAACUAAAUGAUUAUGAACAGGAGUUAGCAGAACAGAGACUGGUUAUCAAUGAACAUAAAAGGGAACUGGCAUUGUUAAAAGAGUUCAUGCGCGCAAUGCGACUGUCCAACCCUACAAUGCGCGCUCUGGCCGAUCAGAUGGAGCGUGAAGAGGUAGUGCGCUGGGCAAAUUCGCUCACGCGGGCCCGCGUUACUCGCUGGGGUGGUAUGAUAUCCACGCCCGAUGAUGUGUUACAGGUAAUGAUGAUCAAAAGAAGUUUAUCAGAAUCUGGCUGCCCACCUCACAUAAUAGAUGACCUUAUGGAGAACUGCCAUGAAAGACGGUGGCCGCCCGGUCUGUCCUCACUCGAAACACGACAAAAUAAUAGAAGAUUAUACGAAAAGUAUGUAUGUAAACGAGUGCCAGGCAAGCAAGCAGUUCUUGUGUUACAUUGUGACAAUACGCAUGUCGACGAGCAUAUGAUGGUGGAACCAGGCCUCGUCAUGAUAUUUGCCCACGGGAUCGAAUAG